AGCAGGCAUGUCGACGUCGUACUCGGCGUCGUCCAAGCUCAGCGCGAUCGAGCUCGCGAUGGCUGGCGACUGGAAGGCCCUCGAGAUGAAGAUCGAGAUGGACCCGGACCAUGCCAUGGAAACGGACCUCCAGGGCAACCUGCCGCUGCACUGGGCCUGCUGCGACCCGACGAUCCCGCUAGUCGUGCUCGAGAAGCUCGUGUACGCGUACCCGGACGCGCUCUGGGUCCGCAGUCACGAGAAGCACCUUCCGCUAGAGCUCGCCUUGGCCGACGACCACACGCUGCCCGAUUCGCACAUUGAGUUUCUCCAGAUCUACUCGCCCAUGCCCGAGAGCGAGCCGACGGACGACCUCAUAACCAGCAUGUACCCGUACAACACGAUGAGCCAAGAGACGAUCCAACGCGCGUUUCUUGGCCGCAGCACGAGCUUUGUGGGCGAGCACGCGAUCGCCGACGACUUUAGCGACAACCUCCCGGAGCUCAUGAGCAAGCUCCAGCGACUCCUCGGCUCCAUGGAAGCGCACUCGCACAUCUACAGCGAGCUCAACAGCGGGCGUCUCUGCUUUCAGCAGUUUCCGUGCGAGACCGAGGCCUCGGAUGACUUUGACAAUGUUGAUUUGCGCGGCUCGGGCUGCGACUAUUACGUAAUCUGGAAGCGCGGCGAGCUUGGCAUUCGCCUCAAGCAGUCGACGACGCAGGCCAAGACGGGUGGCUGCCGCAUCGAGCGCAUUACGCAAGGGAAAGGCGUCGCGACGGGUAUCAUGAUGGCGCGCCUCGGUGACCUCUUGGUCUCGGUCAACAACGAGCCUGUCGAGAAGAGCCCGUUCAGCCGCAUCGUGCAACUCAUCCAGCAAGCGCCCAAGCCCGUGCAGCUCGGGUUCCGAACGCCGACCAAGCUCGAUGACGACGUGAAGCGGCUCGAGGCGGAUCGUCGUACGUCGACAGAGUGGACGCGCGCCAGCACGCUCGACAUGCGCCCGUCGUCGCUGAGCAGCGGCGGGUUCGAGCCCGUUAGCACCGAUCGGUCGCUGGACGAGUGGAGCGAGACGCAGGCCUCUGUCCACAACGAAGCCCUCAUGCUGCUGACCGACACGCUUGCACGUUGCGAAUUGCUUCGAGACGAGAUUGCCGCGCAGCAGGACGAGCGCCAUUAA